AUGAACCAAGCAUUGAAAGAUCUAUCAGAUUUCAUUCGGGAUUGGGUGUACUUGGACCUCAAGUUGAACUCCACAAUCCAGGCUAUUGAGAACCUGUCAGUGUAUAUACAUGUGGAAAAUGAUUCGAAAUUCAUCGUCAACAAGAUAUCCAACGAUAACUUCUUGAUUAAUGUGCUCUACAAAGAUCGAAUUAUUGUUACUGCUCAAUUGAAACUUUCUGAUUAUGUCUCGAACAUUCUGGAUCCAGAAACUAAAGAACGAGAAAAAUUCAAUAAGUAUCUUAGUGACACAAUCAGUGGCAAGUAUUAUGAAGCUCUAAAUGGCAAUUCUCAGACAGUGAAUGAGAAAGCCGUUAACAAACAAACCGAAUCAAGCAAACUUAAAGAAUCAUUUGGUGCUAUUAAUUCAAAUAUUCCCGAUAAAUCCACAAAAGUAGGAGGAACUGACCUCAGAUCAACAAUGCCUAAGUUGCCAACAGCACCGACUCCUCCAUCAUCAAAAACAGAGGUGAGACCAUCUAAUCCAAAUGAUCCACCAGGGUUCGAGGAUGAGUAUAAGCUUCUACCACAAAACUCAAGUUACAAUUCGCCCAAAGUUUCUGGGUCAAUUGGCGAGAAAGACCUUGAUCCCAUGGGAAUCGGAAAGUACCCGGUUAUGAAGCCAUAUAUUGAUCCAUUAGGAUCAGGAUCGUCAGGUUCUGGGGGAAUGCACCCAACUUUUAAUGAUCCUUUAUUUCAUCCUGAAAAUAGAAACUCGGGAAACGGUCUGCUACAGCGUCCACCAGGAGCAAGAUGGAGUAACCCAAUGUUUGGUACCGAUGAUCCCGAAGAUAUUGAAAGAAUGGGACAGGGACUUCCGGGAACAAGCGGAUUAAGGGGUCCGGCAAAUAAUGGAAGUUUUGGUUUCCCAAAGGAUGGCAAUACUGGUAAUGGUGGCUUUGGCUUUGGCUUUGGUGGGAAUGGAGCAGGGUUUGGUUCUGGAGGUAGCAGUGGAGGUUUUGGGUUUUGA